AUGCCGGCCCAACCCCUCCUCCGUCCAAGAGUCUGCCGAGGACAGCGGGUGUGGCGGCCAUGUUGCGGUGCAACCCUCGCGUCAUGGCCGGUCUGGUUUGGCCUCCGCUGCCCUUGUGCACACAAAUGCGCCGUGGACCAGCCAAACAUUGAGACGCACCGCCGUGGGCAGGGCUGGCGCUUCCGCGGGCAUGUCGGCAGUGAGCCUGGCCGCCUGCUUGUAAUCCCCUCGUUGCCUCCUCUCCGCCUCCUCCUGGUGCUUGCCUGCCGGCCCGUCCAGGUCCAAUCCCUGGGUGGUUUUUCUCCCUCUUCCUCAACUGUCGAAGCUCGCUCCCCGUGUUUGUCUCCCCCCUCUUGCCAUCCACCAGAGAGGUUCACAUCGAUACGGUCAGCAUCUGACAUUAUUUGCCCUGCUACUGGCGGUUGGUUUACUACUACUCCUCCCGUCCGUCACCCUUGUCCCCUUCCCCUCCUGUUCCUGCUCCCCCACCAUCGUCUCCCUGGUCAUUUUGUUCAUCCCGUCUCUUUUCUCAUCUUCCUCCUUCGCGGCCUGCCCACACAAGCGCGCACGCUCGCACGCUCAAAGACAUCCACCACUACCCAUCGGUCUUGUCUCGCUCAUCAUUCCUCGCCCCGGCGCACAUGAGCUAUCCCUUAGCCUCGAGGGGAAACCACGGCAAGCCCGUCUUGACCUCUUGCCGCACCCGCGCAUUCCGGCCCUGGAGGCGUGCAACCUGACGAAGCUGCCCUUGUUUGGCCCGCAGCCUGCUACAUCUUUUAACUACUACGCCCGCCUCUUUGUUCGACCUUCCAACAACUCACCUCCUUCCGCCUCCGCCUUCCAUAUCCCUCUCUCUUCUCUUCCAAUCACCCCUUCUCACUCUCUGAAAUUUAAUCCCUUUUCUUCUAUCAAUCUUGCUCUGUGCACAAAACAACCGAGUAUACGCUUUAGUAUAUUUCCUCAGGGACAUCUCUAGUGGCCCUUUCUGUUCAGUCUGGGACCCUGCCGUCGAUUAUUAUUGACACAGUUACUUCACGUAUCAUCAACAC